AAUGGUUCUAGUGUUUCAUCAGAUGUUGGUCUCCGCUCUGUUAUACCUCACUAACAAAUUGAGGUUUAUCAAAGAUACUCUUCUGCCUCCUGAUACAAACAACAGUCGUGGUGUUGAAUUUUCAUCCUCAGCCCAGAAUGCUUUAACGGAGCUAUGGUCGCAGUCAAAUCCUGCAUCGUUUACUAAGAAUGCAGAGAGAUUGCUACGAUGUCUUUUGCCUCAAGCGGCUGAUGUUCUUCUAUUUAUUCUUAAUCCUGAGAGCAGUGAUUUAGAAGCUUUUGCCAAAGAUUCAACAAAUCCAGUUAUAUUACCCAAAUCAGGCAUAGCAAGUAAUAUUUGUGAAUUCAAAGAAAUAGUUCAAGUACAACAUCUAGAUGAUGAUGACCCGUUUGCAUCACUGAUGCCAUCAACUGUAGACUGUAAUUCAUCAAAUCAAGUAACAUUAUUGCCGUUAUUGGAUAAAGAUGAUCGCCUAGUUGGCCUAGCGUCUAUUGUGUGUAAAUCUUCUGAGAAUUUUCUGCCAACUCUGGAAUUUGCAAGAAAUCAGAUUGUUCAUAGCUUAGAUCAUAUGUUGAAAUUUCAAAUUGAGCACUGCAAGUAUCAAAGACAGAAGACCUUUCUGGAGAUGUUUGGAAGGUCACUAGAAACAGGCGUGGGGCCAUUUUGUGAAAAGUUAGAAAAAUAUGUGACGUCACAAGUCAGUGUUGAAGCUACAGUAGUUUUGAUUGUUGAUGAAACAUCUGGAGAACUCUAUAAUAAGACUGAAUCUGAUGAUGCUCUUCAUGAAAAACGAAUUGAGGCAGCUGGUAGUAUAUUUGAGGACACAAUCCAGUCUGGGAGUUUAUUUAAUGCUUAUGAUAUUAAAAAGACCUCAAGACAAAUGCACGACAUUGGUAGCAUAACAGACGUCCAUGUCAAGUCCAUCCUAUGUGCACCAGUGGUCUGUGGUACAACAAACAAUGUCAUAGCUGUUAUCUGUGCAUUUAACAAGAGGCAUCCAGCAUAUAGAUUUUCUAAGGCCGAUGAACAUAACCUUAGAUUCUGCUGCUCCAACAUCGCAGCACUUCUAGAGAACACACUAGAAUGGGAGAAAGAAAUGGUCAUCAAGCGACAACAAGAGCAUCUCUUAAAAGUAGCACAAAAUUUGUUCAGGCAUGUAGACGAAGUUAGUGUUCUUCUCAAUGAGAUUAUGACAGAAGCGAAAAACCUUACAAAUGCUGAGAGAUGCUCGUUGUUUCUCCUCGAUCGAGAACGAGACGAACUAGUGGCGAAAGUGUUUGAUGGUGAAAUACCAAGCAAUCAGGCUUCUCGAGAUCUGAGGAUACCAACGAACCAAGGGAUUGUGGGGCAGGUAGCCAUGACAGGAAAGCUGUUGAACAUCAAGGAUGCUUACACCCACCCACUAUUUUACCGCGGCCUUGAUGUGAAAACAGGGUUCAAAACGAGGAACAUUCUGUGCUUUCCUAUCAAAGACGAUGAUGGUGUUAUUGGAGUUGCAGAACUCUGUAACAAAGCCAAUGGCAAAUGCUUUACGAAGUUUGAUGAAGAUUUGACGAGAGCUUUCGCCAUCUACUGCGGAAUCAGUAUAUUUCAUUCCAUGUUAUACAAACGAGCGGCCACCGCCUGGCACCGAAGCCAAGUCUGUAGCGAGCUGAUGAUAUACCACAUGCACGUUUCUGAGGAGGAGCUCCAGAGACUCACAGCUCACGAGAUAUCUUCACCUGAUGAGGAAAUUCCUCAUGGGUUCGACAAGUUCAGCUUUGCGCCGCGCACUAUCCAAAUGGAAGAGACUGUUAGGGCCGCGCUAUACAUGUUUGACGACUUAGGGAUAAUUGACAGAUGGAAAAUUCCUCGCGAUACGCUGAUAAGGUUCACGUUGAUGGUUCGCAAGGGAUAUCGGGAUCCCCCGUACCAUAACUGGACGCACGCGUUCACGGUCGCUCAUUUCUGUUAUCUUCUUCUGAAGAAUUCGCAUAUGGAAAGCAAACUACAGGACAUCGAAAGGAUGGCUCUGUUUGUCGCCUGUUUGUGCCAUGACCUAGAUCACAGGGGGACAAACAACGCAUUCCAAGUUUCCUCGAAUUCUACACUCGCGGCUCUUUACAGCUCUGAAGGUUCUGUCAUGGAGAGACAUCAUUUCGCACAGACAGUGUGCAUACUCAACUCUUCUGGGUGUAACAUCUUCAAAAACCUCACGGAGUCGGAAUUCGAGAAAGUCCUGGAUUUGAUUCGUUACAUCAUCCUGGCCACAGAUCUAUCCCAUCACCUUAGGAUUCUGAAGGAUAUCAACAAUAUGGCGAAAGAGGGUUACAAGGCUGACCAAGUGGAACACCGCAAUCUACUCCUCUGUCUCAUGAUGACCUCAAGUGACUUAUCGGACCAAACCAAGUCCUUCGAGGGAACGAGAAAAAUCGCCGAUCUGAUUUACACCGAGUUCUUCAGCCAAGGAGAUCUGGAAAAAGUUAUGGGAUUCACCCCGAUGGAGAUGAUGGAUCGCGAACGUGCGUGCAUCCCAAAACUCCAGAUAGACUUCUUAGAAAACAUCGCCCUUCCAGUCUACAAAGUUCUUCACGAGCUUUUACCGGAGACCAAGGAGGUGAUAGACACUGUUCACAAAAACAUGGAGUGCUGGCAGGCGAUAGAAGAGAAAGAAAGACAGACAAGAGAAAACGGACAGGACAGCGGACAUACCGACGGACAGGACGCCGUCAAUGGCGUUGUCAAUGGUUCCUCUUCAGAUGUGCACGAAUAGACCCGCCCCAUAUGGGAUGGUUUGCGGCCUUUAUGUUUUAAAAGGCAGCCCGGAAAAGAUAUGAGCAUGGGACUUCUUCUUUCAGUACUUUCAGUCAGACUGGUGGGUAUAUACCUAUAAGAUGGCAUUUGCAUCGGGGCUAAACGCCAGAAAUAGAAAUUCACAUGGGAAGAUAGUUAAGAUUGAGGAUAGAUAAAAAGAGGGGGAGGUAUAGUGAAAUGAAGUGAUAUGUGUAGGUUAGUUGUUUACAGUACGUGUCAGUUAUGCAAGAAAGAAAAAAGUGAAAAUUCUUCCUGUUAUCUCAUAAUAAUCGGUGUGGGUCGAAGUUCCAAAAGUCAUAUUCUUCCUGUUAUCUCAUAAUAAUCGGUGUGGCUCGAAGUUCCAAAAGUCAUAUUCUUCCUGUUAUCUCAUAAUAAUCGGUGUGGCUCGAAGUUCCAAAAGUCAUAUUCUUCCUGUUAUCUCAUAAUAAUCGGUGUGGCUCGAAGUUCCAAAAGUCGUAUUUAACAAGGUGGCUUAAAGGGGCCAGUUUACUUCCGACGGCAACCUCAACCGACAAGACACAAAAUAAUCUAUUAGAAUCCGCGCUAUUUAACAGGCCAUCCGCUCUAAAUUAUCAGUCACAUCCUCAAAGAACAUGCAAUAGACAAACUGCUUUUAUAAUCUUGAAAUAUUUUCCGUAAAAUAAUAUUGUUACGUAAUCGACCGGAUGGAAACUGAUGUCAGUGCGGCAGGAAAACGUGACGGUACGCUUUAUGUGAAGUUACGAACUUGUGAUAAAUGUCACUUCUUUCUUUCUUAUUAUAUAUAGAUACUCAUAAAAAUAAUUAUACCAUAUAUACCAUAUACUUUUUUUUUUGCUUUAGCACAAACAUAUCAAUCACAAUUUUUCAUGACAAUUUCAAAUUAAAAAAGAGAUAUAAUCCAGAUUAUAGUAAUUAUUAAGUUUUAUAUACUAAGUUGUAUUGUGAAGUAGCAGCCGUUGACAAAAGAAGGGAUUUACUUGGGUAAUUUUCCCCAAAAAUAUUAUAAAUACAAAAAGGGAACGAGGUCGAGAAAGUCGAUCAUUUGGAGGGCGGCUCGAGGCGAUAUUGAGUACUUUAGAUCGACUAGCAAAUACUAAAUACUAGUAAAUGUAUUUAUUUUAGAUAUAAAAAAGGCAAUAAGUGCAUAUUUCCUUUCCCACAACCAUUUUACUUUUCAAACCCACGAUUGAUUUUUUAUGAAAUUAAAAUUUAUUUUAGACCACAUGAAAAUUACUGUCGUAGUUGUCUGCUUUUCAUAGUAUCCCUAGAACAAAAAGCUACAGACAACUGUAGAAUGACUAGGAAGUCCGCGUACAGGCGUAGGUGUCAGGGCUCGGGGUGAUGCUAUGAUGAAGGGCUAACCCUCGAAACGUCAGCGGAAAUAAUAUUUUCACAGAGACGUAAAACAUACCUUUUCAACCUUGUUUUGAUUUCCUUGCUUAAUACGUUUAAGAUGCCAAAAGAGUAAGUAGACAAGAGUUAUUUUUGGAAUUUAGUAUAAACUACCCUGAACCGCCCUCAAGACGUAAAAACACGGCGACUAUUCGAGUUAUCACGAUAUAGCUCGCAGCGGUCAUUUCUGGCACAGUCUAGGAACUGUUGGUAUCACAGGUUGCUAGAUUCUACAACUUUCUUAACAUUAUUAUUAUUUAUAUUACCUGAAUAAAGUGUUUAUACUUA